GAAUUGGCGGAGCUUCCGGAGGAAGCCGAAGAAAACGAGCUGCCCGAGCAGCCAGAACCCGAGGGCUCGGACGAGGAUAGCGGGGACGAGCCGGAGACUCGAGGGCCUCUGGCGGCCAAGGGUGCUCCCAAACUCGAAGACACCGAGCCCGUGACGGCCCCCGAGAUGGUGUCCUUAGGCGCUUUGGCUCGAGACCUGCAACCUGUCACCAGCCGCUUUCGCGCCACGAUGGCCGCCGAAUUGCGCACCGCCCGCAAUGGCCAGGCGUACUCCUACGAGGAGUUCAUCGCCCAUUGCGGCCAGAGGCGCGGCGAGACCAAGUGGGCCGAAGCGGCGCCAGCGGAUCGGCCUGAGAGGUCGCCGCGGCGGUGGGGCACGUGGGCGGGGGCAGCGCCGGUGGAUCCCGCGGUGGAUCCCAACUCUCUCGCUAUCGUCCCCGCCGUCGUCGCUGUGGCGGCGGCGCCAGCGGCGCGCCCGGCGCAGGUGCGUGUGGGUCCAUCCAAGCAUGGCUACGUGUAUGAGCGGACGGAGCUGAUGCAUGGCGGUGAACCGAUAUACAUGUGCUGCCGCGGUCGCGAGGUGGGCAGUCAUGGUCGGCUGUCUUUGGUGUUUCUCGGGUCGCAUUGGGAGGCAGGCGAGGUGCCGAUGGGCAAUAUGUUGCUCUUGGCCUCGGCGAGCGAUAUCGUCAACUCGAUGGAGGCCGCCUUCCGAGCCGCGCCAGAUCAGGACGUACUCGCCGACGGGUGGCACUCGUGGCAGUGCUACGCGCCUCGCGAGGGCACCUGGUGGCCUUCAUCUGAGUUCCAGACCACUGUCCUGAUGUGA